GGUGCACUCUAGGGAGCAGGGGAGUGGAGAGAGCAGGGAAGAGAGCAGGAACAAAGGAAUUGAUCUAAAUAACGGAAGAACCGAGCGGAGGCAGCGGCAGAAAGAGUAGCAGGAAAAUCGGACCUGGACUAGGAAAUCUAGGUCAGAUUGCAAGACACUCCUGCCUCACCCCAGUCCCGGGCCCAUUUGGCUCUCAGCAGAGGCUCUUCAAUCCAGCUGGUGUCCAGGACAUCAGCUCCUCCCUCCUACAGAGAACACGGGUCUCUGCUGACUCAGGCCACCCCCUCUGUCUUGCUGAGGCCAGUCUCCUCCUCAUUCCAAUGACCGCCCCAGGCAGCCCAUUCAAUCUCCUCAGUAGGAUCCCAGCCUCAGAAACUGAGAGGUCCAGAGAAGGAAUACAGAUGGCCCAAAGCAUUGGCUCUUCCCGGGAGAGGAGGGGGCCGGCACCCUCAGCUCCACUGCAGCUUCAGAGGUCCUGAUCUGGCUCCCGACCCCUUGGGCCACCCUGCGACCCUCCCUCUAGCUGCCAGCCAACUGGCCAGCCAGCAACCAGGAUGUGGACAAGCGGUGGGCCGGUGCUGGCAGUGCCCUGGCUCCUGGCCCUGGCGCUGGCCGGUCCCUGGAGUGAAGAGGGCAAGCCCACAGCCAACCCCAUCUUCACCCGGCGGCCCUUUCAGGUGGCCUGGAACGCCCCCACCCAGGACUGCCGGCCCCGCUUUAAGGUGCAGUUGGACUUCACCGUCUUUGACGUCCAAGCAUCCCCAAAUGAGGGCUUUGUAGACCAGAAUCUGACCAUCUUCUACAAGGAACGGCUGGGCCUCUACCCCUUCUAUGACACGGGGUCAGUAGCGGUGCAUGGGGGUGUUCCCCAGAACAGCAGCAUUGAGAAGCACCUGGACCGGUUGCCCGAUGGGGUGAAGCGCUACAUUCGUUCCUCAGAGCGGGAGGGCCUGGCUGUCAUCGACUGGGAGGAGUGGCGGCCGGUCUGGAUCCGCAAUUGGCAGAGCAAGGACGUGUACCGCCAAGCCUCACGCCAGCUUGUGGCGUCCAUGCACCCGGGCUGGCCAGUCGAUCAAGUGGGCAAACAGGCCCAAUACGAGUUUGAGUUUGCCGCCCGCCAGUUCAUGCUGCGGACCCUGCGCCUGGCCAAGGACAUCCGGCCCCGCCAGCUCUGGGGCUUCUAUCUCUUCCCUGACUGCUACAACCAUGACUACGUGCAGAACCGGGACAGCUACACGGGCCACUGCCCCGACGUGGAGGUGACCCGCAAUGACCAGCUGGCCUGGCUGUGGGCGGAGAGCACGGCCAUCUACCCCUCGGUCUACCUGGAAGAGGCACUGGCCUCCUCGUCCACCAACGUCUGCAAGUUUGUGCGCUCGCGAGUGCUGGAGGCGCUGCGGGUGGCCCGGGAGCACCACCCUGUCUACUCCCUGCCCGUCUUCGUCUACACCCGGCCCACCUAUACCCGCAAGCUCACUGGGCUCAGCGAGAUGGAUCUCAUCUCCACCAUCGGGGAGAGUGCAGCCCUGGGGGCGGCCGGCGUCAUCUUCUGGGGAGACACGGACUACACCAAGAGCCGGGAAUCGUGCCAGAGCAUCAAGGACUAUCUAGAACACAAAUUGGCCCCAUACAUCGCCAACGUCACCACCGCUGCCCAGCAUUGCAGCCUGAGCCUCUGCCAUGGGCAUGGGCGUUGUCAGCGGCGCGAUAGCAACACCAGCACCUUCCUGCACCUUAAUCCUGCAAGUUUCCACCUGCGGCACAGAGCCAACCUUGAGGAGCCCCUACUGUGGUUCGAGGGCCAGCUCUCCCCUGGCGACGUGGCUGGCCUCCGGCUCCACUUCCGCUGUCAGUGCUACCAGGGCUGGCAUGGGGACAAAUGCCAGCACAACCAGAGUUCUCGUGGUGGGGCGAGGCUGGGGCAAGGUGGAACUUCUGGACUCCUGGCAUUGCCUGCCUUGAUCCUCCUUGCCUUUACUGGGGCACAGUAGACCGAAACUGCCCCUUUCCCCCGACCCCCUCCGGGGCUGGUGUGCCAGCAGAGUGUGCAAUUGGGCAAGUGAGUCCGAGGAGGCAGAGUCUAGAAAGGGCGUGUGUUGUAGCAGAGAUGUAGUUGGGGGUGGGGUGGUGUUUUAGAGAUGGCCCUUAUGGUCAGGGACCCCUAGGACCAAUGGGGUGCAUUGGUUCCUCAAGCAGAGAGAAUGUGAGGUGGUCCCCAUGUCCUGCUGCCCAGGCUCUAGGGGGUAGGGAGCUGUUUUCCCUCUUCCCAGUACAGUAGGCCCCGGAGCUAGGAUCCUGCUUUGGGGGUAGGGGAAGCUAGGCAAGGGUCCCCAGCGUGCUGCCUACUCUUACCCCUGUUCUAAGGGGGUGCUGUGGAGGUCCUCAGUGGGGCUUGCUCCGACCAACUGCAAGCAGCUGGGAGGGGGAAGGCAGAGGGCCCUGGGGCAAGGGCAUCCCUCUCAUUUGAGACUCUCAGCUCUCACGCCCCUGGGGGGGGGGAA